UUUGACGCAGAUGUUUACGUUUUCCUUCUUCCGCAGUUUUCUGAAACGGAGAAACGUUCACUAAUCUGACGCUAAAUUCAGAUUUCUGAAGAAACCCGCGGCCAUGUUUCUGACUUUUAACGCAAGCAUUAGCGACACUUAACCGAUGGAUGCGCUUGAGCUCGUGUGUCGCCCAUUGUAGACGGUGAACUGCGAGUUUCCACGUCAUUCAUCGCAGCCAAAGCUAGAAGCUAACGCUAGCGGUGCGUUAGCAGCGGCUGUGGACGUACGUUUAAUAUAUAUUUAAAUAUAUAUAUAUCACAUCCACCUGAUCCGCCUUUUGUCCAGCGUUAACUUAGAAACCGAGCAAAGGCAGUCAUGGCCACUAGGCGUCUGACCGAUGCCUUCUUGUUAAUGCGGAACAAUGCAAUCCAAAACCGGCAAAUAUUGGCUGAGCAAGUGAGUACAUACGACCCCCGUCUGAGUACACGUAGCAAUGCUGCGGAGCUUGAUGAGUUGGCUGAUGAUCGAAUGGCCCUGGUGUCAGGAAUUAGUCUGGACCCUGAAGCAGCCAUUGGAGUUACCAAGAAACUGCCUCCCAAAUGGAUAGAGGGAGUUGAUGAGAUCCAAUAUGAAAUCACACGGAUUCGGCAGAAGAUGAAGGAUCUGGCCAUACUUCAUGACAAGCAUAUGAAUCGACCCACACUGGAUGAUAGCACUGAAGAAGAGCACGCCAUAGAAAUCACCACCCAGGAGAUCACACAGAUGUUUCACAGAUGCCAGCGAGCUGUGACAGGUUUGCAGUCUCGCUGUGGCCACUGCACCGAGCAGGAGGAGAGGCUACUGAGAAAUGUGGUGUCAUCUCUGGCACAGAGUCUGCAGGAGCUGUCCAUCAAUUUUAGACACACACAGUCUGGCUACUUAAAACGUAUGAAGAAUCGUGAGGAGAGAUCAAAGCACUUUUUUGACUCGGGACCCUUAAUGGAGGAGGAUGAAGAUUUAGCUCUGUAUGACAAAGGAUUCACAGAUGACCAGUUGAUGCUGGUGGAGCAGAACACCGUCAUGGUUGAAGAAAGAGAGCGUGAGAUCCGAAAUAUAGUGCAGUCCAUCUCGGACCUGAACGAGAUUUUCCGGGAUUUGGCUGGAAUGGUGGUUGAACAGGGCACCGUUCUUGACCGAAUCGACUUCAAUGUGGAGCAGUCUUGUGUAAAAACAGAAGAUGGAUUAAAACAGUUACAAAAGGCGGAGCAGUAUCAGAAGAAAAACAGAAAGAUGCUGGUCAUUUUGAUCCUCACCGUCAUAGUCAUUGUUCUAAUUAUUAUUCUUUUUGGAACAAAGUUUUAGUCAUGCAUUCCUCUGGCUCUUGUUUUCUGUGUGGGUGUAUGUUGUGCAUCUGUGUGGACUUGAACUUGGUCUUGGUUUUAACUCAAAACAAAGCUGACUGCCUUCCAAACCUACCAGGACAAGAAGAAUCCCACCCACAUCGUUGUGCAGUGGCACUUAUGACUAUGAUGGGAUAAUUUCCACAAUCUGUUUUGAUGAAAGAAACAAUCAACCUUCUCUCUAAGCCAUUUUAUCAAAUGGCUCGCAUCCAAAUCAUUGUAACGCUCUUUGAUAGAGGUUUGUUAAACCCAACUGUGUUGACAUUUCUGUGUCUAUAUAGAAACUGCUAUUUUGGGGGGUAUAAAACCGUUCCGCCAUUGAUGAAAUGUGAAGGCAGUGUUCUCUGCUUGAACUCAAAGCACUAAUUGUGACAUGUCUUGUGUGAAGAGGCAUCAUUUCUGUUUAAAUAACAGUGCAGAUAUUUAGUUCCCGUGAGAGAGUUUUGACACGAGAGAAUGUCUGUGAAAGAGAAACAUGCAGUAGAUCUUAAUUUAACAACAAAAUCACUUUCAUCACAACCUGGUUCAGUAUUUUUACAUUUUCUGUGUGUUACGGCAGCACCAGACAGGAUUAAAAUAAUCAUUAAGUACCAAAAACAUUCUUUGGUUUAAGGAUCACCAGGUUUUUCUCAUUUUACCCCUACUUAAAUAAUUAUACAACGCACUAUGGUCCCUGCUUCCCCUCUAAUAGUCUGUGGAAGAUCCUCCAUCUCAGUUCUAAGAUCAUACCUGUGUCACACCUGCUACACGUGGCAUCAAGUGCUCAUUUUAAAACACUUAAUUGUUUUUUGUUUGUUUGUCAUGGUCCUUGCAUUAAGUGCUACCUUUUAAAAAACUUGCAGUUUGCACAUAUUGAGGCCUGGGGAGGGGAAGGUGUUAUGGAUGUGAUACUACUGGCAUCUGUAUAAUGAAAAGAGUUAUUGACUUAUUUAUUUUUGAAUUGCUUCAAAGAAUCCAGAGGAUGAGAGGUGUGGGGUUUCAGGUCGGAAUCACUGUACUGCGAGUAAAUUAGUGUGAUCUGAUGUCUGAACCCAACUGUUGUUAUUGUCCACUCCAGUGAGAAAACUGUGAAGCAGUCCAACACAAGCAGACACGUGAAGACAGCGUUAUGAGGUUGUUUUUGUUUAUUGUUUCUUUUUCUUUCACUUCACACACAUUAUAUUUUAGUUGACUGUUGGAAACUUUUUGUGUUUUUAUAAAGACUGACGACUUGAAAUGAAGAGCUUUGACAUAUCUACACUGCAGUUUAUACACCUGUUAAAAUCCUCUCUGUCAUUGAUGUGAAGUUGCUUGUGAAUAAUGGUUAUGUACUAGUGGUACUCCACUGGAGUUUUGUUUUUGCAGAACAAAACUGGUGAGGAGAAAGCAGCUUUUUUAAAAUAAACCUAUAACAUGG